GUGUGUGCGUGUGUAGGUGUGUUUGUGUGCGAAUGUGAAUGAAAUCAAUAUGUCUUCAUCACAGAUUCAAAAUCAACAGGCAAAUAAUGCCGAUACAAAUAAUAGCCAGAAUGUAUCAGGAAAAUCAAAAGGAAAACAAAAGAAAAAAGGUGAAAAAUUGGAUGUUGAUCUUUUCUUUGCCAAUACAACAACCAAUUGGGCAUCAAUAAUGGAAGAUGAUUCGGAGAAUGAUAUUAUUCCACCAAGUCAAUAUAAUCUUCCGGAUGCGCCAAAAGCAUUGGUAAAUGAAAUUGAUCCUUCACAAUUACCAUCGGUACCACCAUUUAAAAUACAUUUACGUAAUUUACAUUAUGAUUUGGAAAAAGAAGAUCUUGAAGGAUUAUUUAAAAAUCUUACUGUUGUCGACAUUCAAAUGAUCAAAGAUCGUACCAUACGUACAGCAUGGGUCGAAUUUGAAACGAAACAAGAUCUUAUUCAAGCAUUAGAUCUAAAUAAUCGUGCAGUUCGUGGUCGUAAUAUUUCAAUGUCAUUAGAUCGUGGUGGUAGUGAUCGUUAUGGUAGUGGUGAUCGCCGUGGCCGUAGUGGAUUUGGUGGCCGAGAUAAUACAUCAAGUGAUUGGCGUUUACGAGACACAAUGCCACCGAAACAAGUAUAUCCACCACCAUCAGUUGAAUCAUAUGAUCAGGUACCAAAAACCGGCGGAUAUGGUGGUAAUCGUGGCCCAAGACGUUAUGGAGAUGAUGAUGGUGGUUAUGCUCCACCACCAUCACAUCGUAAUGAUUAUAGUGGUGGACGUAGUGGUGGAUAUGAUGAUAGAGGUGAUGAUCGUUCCGGCUAUGAUGAUCGUUAUGGCCGUCGUAAUGAUUAUGGCCAUCGACGUGGUAAUGAUUCUAGUGGUGGUAUGGGUGGUGGCGAUGGUGGAAAUUGGAGAAGAAAUGAUAAGCCACAGGAAGAGCCAAGUAAUUGGCGACGAGAGGUCCCAUCAAUACCACAUCAACAACAACAAGAUCAUUCAUCGUAUGAACAACCACGUGGUGGUCGAUCAUUACGUUAUGAUGAUAAUAAUGUAUCAUCACGUGCAAUGUUACCGCCACGUAUGGCAUCCGAUCAACAACAACAACAACAAUCAUCAUAUCGUAAUGAUGAUACAUCUGGUUAUAAUGAUGAUUUGUAUUCAACACCAUUACCAACUCGUACUAGCAAUCAAUCAAUAGAUCAUCAUACAGAUAUGCAGCAACCAUCUUCAAGAGCAUUAAGAAAUGAAUCCUCCUCUGCAUAUGAUCAGCGACGAUCAAUAAAUGAACAAUAUUAUCAAUCAAAUGAUCAAUCACGAUCGGGUCAUCGUAAUCCACCAUUAAUGGACCACCAACCACGUGAGCGUCUUUCAUCAACACGUUCGAAUGUAUCGAAUGUUGAACCACAUUCAACUGAUGAUUAUAGUAGUAGUGGUGGUGGGGCUGGUGGAUCUGCUCCAUCAACAGCUGCUGCACCAAAAGAACGUCGUAAAUUCGUCGAUACAUCAGUGUUGGAUGCAUUGAGAAAACAGGCAACCGAAACGGUUCAACCAGCAAGAGGUUCAAGUUAUAGUUCAAUUUUCGGUGAAGCUAAACCUGUCGAUACGACGGAAAAAGAAUUGGAAAUUGAGAAAAAACUUUUAAGUUCAAAACAAGCGGCAAUCGCUGCAACAACAGCCGCCAAUGAAGAAUCCGAUAAGUCAACUGAUCAACAAGAAUCCACAAAUGAUGUUGGUGGUGAUGUAUCAGCACCGGCUGCUACUGCUGCUAUUUCUGUUUCAUCUAAUAAUACUGCUAGUAAUGAUCGGCCAAAUCGUAUUGAUCAUCGAGAAUAUCAACAUAGAGAUCAUCGUAGUAAUGAUCAAGAUUCAAUUCCACCAAGACGUCGUGCCAAUGGUGGUAUCGGUUCAAAUCGAAUGGGUGGUGUUGGUGGCGGUGGUGGAAUGCGAAGAGAUUAUGAUGACCGAAAUAAUGGUGCCUUAGGUGAUAGACGCAUGGGCGGUGGUAUGCGUGGACCAAGAGGUGAUCAUGAUCGUGAUCGAAUGGGUAAUAAUGCACCACGUAUGCGUAGAGAUGGACCACGUGGAGAUAGUUAUAUAAAUAAUAGUAGCGGUGGUGGUGGAUACAAUGAUCGUCGUAGAUUUGGUGACCGCGAUCGUAUUGGUGGACGUCGUGGUUAUGGUGAUGAUAAUGUCGCACCACGAUAUCAAGAUCGUGGUCCACGUGGUGGUGGCGGCGGCGGUUAUGAUAAUGAUCGUAAUCGUUAUCAUAGUAGCGGUAGUGAUUAUCAUGAAUGGUCUAAUGAUAGAGAUUUAGAUUCAAAACAGAUAAGCUAUGCAUCAACGAACAAAUUUGAACAUCUUGGUGAAACCGAUGAUCAUGGUUCGGAAUAAAUAAAUAUUUUUUUUUUU